UGUUGUUUACAGCGAAGUACUACAACACAAGGAGCACGUAUUUAUUGUUUGUAGCAGAUCGUGGUGACUCUGAUAUGUAGAAUAACCAACUAGUGUAAAACCUUACAUUUCCGAACAUAUAGUGUUCGAAAUCAUUGUUGGAAAUUGUCGAAAUCGAGCGUAUUUUUAAUUUACACCUAUAAAAGGGGCAAGGAUUUGGCAUGGCUACUAUGACACUUCGAGUAACUGGGAAACGGCGCAAUACACCAGGACAACGAGGCGAAGGGAAGCAGUUCGAGUCGGUGGACGUCAAAGCUGACUUCAUUUUAGAAGCAGAGUCAAUUGAAGGUGAUGAAGGCAAAAUUUUUACUGAAGAAAUUAAGAAAUUAGAAGAAAGUAGUUGUGUAGAAGACCAAGUUCAAAUACUGAAAAAGAUAUGUGAUAAAUACUUGAAGAAGGAAUGGAAACAAGACAAAAUAACAUUGCUGCUUGUGAAAUUACUCUCUUACAUAUAUCUGCGCGCAGAACCGAAGAAUCCCAUGAAAAAUGCCGCUUUGAGGGCGCUGCAGGACAUACCCGAUGGCAUCCACCUGCACUUCCUAUCGUCCGGCCUGCGCGAUGCCCUGCAGGCGGAGCUCGAAAGCCCAGUGCAGGUGGGUCGACUCGCCGCCUGUCUGCUGGCUGCCCUGGAGAACUUCCCGUCUGCCGUCGAGGGCCGCACACUCGCCACCACUGCCAAUUUCCUCGCCACUGCACUGCACCUCUGUGUCACCGAAUUAGGAAAGGACCUGUCACCUGCCACUUCGAGCGAGGUGUUUGGCUAUGCACACCUGUGCACGCGGUGUACCAUCGCCCUCCUGCAGGGCUGGCAGGUGCCACUGAAGGACUGGGGAGAACAGGAUGGCAAGGAUUCCGCAAACGACCACCCGGGCGGGCAAGUGUCCGAUAUCCAGACUGAGGAUGAUCACAGUAAUGAUGGCUUCGGACGUGCAGAAAGUGUCCUGCCCACCAUAAAGGCAAGCAUUACGAGCUUGCUGGAGCGUGAAGAGACCCCCAUGGACACGAAGUCAAACUGCGGCCUCGUGCUGGUGCUUCUGGGGACGGUGCUGGGCGACGAGAAUAGCUGGGCCCAGUACCUGGAGCAGGUGGAGAGUGGUGGCAGUGGUGGUGGCGUGGCCAGGCUGAGCAUCGCGGCUGGCCUCCUCAGCAGCCUCCCGGCACCCCAGCUGCUGCAGCCGGCACCCACCGCCCCCGAUGGUCCGCGUGUCAUCGUCAGAAUUUAUGAGGCUAUCCUGGACACCAUUAACAGAGCCCCUUCGGACUCCGCAGUGGUGCUGGCGGGGGCUCGCGCUGUGCAGCUCCUGUGCCGGCAGCUGCGGCAGCACGCCGACGCGGCACCCGAUGCGGUCACACGGGCCCUGGCAGGCCUGGUCCCGGGGGAGCCGGCGGGGCCGGACAGACCCCUGCCUCUUCUGGAUUUCCUCUGGACGCACCUGGAGCACUGUGCAGACGGCGUGCGCCACGCCGCACGCCUCGCCCUCCACAGCCUCGUACAGGCAGCUGCCACUGCACCAGAGGUGCCUACCGUGCUGGAGAGGGUGAGACGGGCAGUGCUGGAGACGCCCGCGGACCGCAAGAGCCGCUACCUCGCGCUGGCCGCCGUCUGCGCGGAGUCCGGCUGCCUGCCACUGCUGGCUGCGGCCCCCACCCUGCCGGAAGACCUGCUGGCUGCACUCCAGGACAGGACGCUCGCACCACACGUGAUAUCGGCAUACGAGGCACUGAUGCUGAAGCAUUGGGAGGAGAGCCGCGGCUGUGGAGAGGAGGCAGAACAGGUGUGGGCGCGCACAUGGGUGCGUCCACUGCUGCCGUCGCUCGAGGUGCCCGACGGAGCGGCAGCCGGCGCGGAGCGGUUGGUGGCGGCGGCAGCGCGAGCCUGCCCGGCGGCCUUCGCCGCCAUCGGUGGAGGUGCGGGCGGUGCGGAGGCCGGUGGAAGUGCGCGGGCGGCGCUGGCGUGGCUGCGCGUGGCGCACCGGCAAGGUGCACUGGAUGCGCGGCUGCGUGAGGGUGCCGGCCGACCAGGUCUCUGGAAGGGCGUACUGUCCUACGGAGCCCUCGAGGACGCACUGCUGCACGAGAAUGAGGAGACGAGGAUGUCAGCUCUCUCUCUGCUAGUCGAGGGCCACAGGUCGACGGAGCCGUUCUCGCCUGCGGAGCUGCAGCUGGUUCGGACCUUCCUACGGCACAACGUGAACGUGCAGGAGCCGUCUGCGCGCCAGCGGGGUCUCGCCCUUAUCAAGAAGCUGUUGGAGCGACUGAGGGACUCCUGGCAGUCUCUGGAGCGCCAGGUGAAGGCAGCUGAGAAGUCCGGCGAGGGGGCAGUGGAGGCAGAGAAGGCUCUGGCGACUGCCUCACUCUUCCUCCAGUGGCUUGUCGAGUUCAGCUUCUCCAGCAUCUUUCCGGGAGCUAACUUCAGCCGGCGGGGCUCCGCUCUUCAGAUCCUGACACUGUGCACCGAGAUAAUGGGUGAGAGGACCCCGGCAGACAUGUGGCUGCCCUGCAACGGCGUGACGUUGCUGGAGUGCCUCAAGGACACGUACGAGAACAAUAAGCUGCUGGCGCACCGCCUCAUCACCAAGUACCCGCCGCAGGCACUGCAGCUGGAGGACGAGACGCAGUGCCUCACGCUGCUGCUGGCAGGGCUCACCCUCUGCGAGAGCUCUCGCCCCCCAGACUCGGUGACGGCCGCCUACCUGCUGGCGACCCUCGCCAGGUUCACGACGCGCCCGUCUGCCGUGCGGAGGGCGGUGGACUUGGAGUCUGGGUCGGAGAGCCCGCUACCCCUGGACCGUGACUCUACAUAUGAAGACAUGAUUCUGGCCAUAGUGAAAUUGCUGCAGGACCGCCUGAUAGAUUUGGUUAAUGCCGCCAACAGAAACCUGUUGGAAGCUUCUGCGACCCACCCUAUGUACGGGCCACUGUUCUGCAUACGGCACCUCCUGCAGGGUGUCGACUUCAGGAAAGUGAGCAGUGAUCCAGACUGGCGGGAGUUUAUGCAAUACAUGAUUGAGCUCGCCUUUGAGGCCUGCAAGGCUGUGGAAGAAGUGGUGAACAGUUCAUCACCUGAGGGACACCUACCCAUGGAUUUCACACCAGCCGAAGACCUGCUGCGGCGGCUGCAGCAGCAGAGUGCCGAACAGCAUUCCCCUGUGACUUUCCGGAACGUCAACUGCUCGGCCCAGAUGUUGCUGCUCUGCUCGUGGCGCACCGUUAAGGAGGUCUCGUUGCUGCUCGGGGACAUCGCCGAGAGAGCGCCCGUGGCCUCAGGGGAAUCGGCCGAGGGCGGGCUCGUGAAGGAAGCACAGCUGCUGGCGAUCGGCGCCCACCUGACGAAGCUGCUCUCCGAGACGAAGCACCGCGGCGCGUUCGAGCAGGCGUACGUCGGCUUCAGCAGUCUGUGCCGGCGGCUGUGGAGCGGCGAGCCCCGCAGCGAGGGCGGGGACGGGCUGCACCGGUUGCCGCCACAGUGGCUGCGGCAGCUGCUCACCGACGUCCGCGAUGGGGCAGGUGACGCCACGCGCCGCAGUGCUGGGCUGCCCUUCAUGGUGCAGGCACUGGUCAGCACGGAGGCGCAGGCACGCGGCUGCGGUGCCCGCAGCUUCCAGGACUCAAUGGAUAUCCUGCUGGGACUUGCACUGGAUGACGGCUCUGUCCCGGAGGCGCGGACGCACGCCCUCAACAUCCUGCGGGCGCUGUUCCGCAACUCGCAGCUCGGGGAGCUGGUCACGCCGCACGUCACGUCGGGCUUCGAGGCAGCCCUCGGUGCCUUCCACAGCGGUGACUGGGCUGUGCGCAACUCUGGGACGCUGCUGUUCGCCGCCCUGAUGACGAGGGUGUUCGGGGUGCAGCGCACGAGGGGCUGCGGCCGCCGGCCGAGUGCGCGCAACCGAAUGACGGGCCGCGUAUUCUUCCAGCGCUUCCCCAGGCUGUACGACGUGCUGCUGCGCGAGGUGGACCGCCCGGGUCGCGACGCCUUCUGCCUCUCCCUGGAGGCGGCCCGAGGCCCGGGGGCUGCCGGCGAGGGGCGGCGGCAGAUCUGCGGGGCGGAGACCCCCGCACUGCUGCUGCUGCUCGCCCGCCUCUACCCGUCCUCACUGGAGGGCACCGACUCAAACCUGCAGCUUUCUGCAUAUGUUCCGUUUGUGCUGGACUGCGCACGCAGCUCAGUGUACAAGACACGCGUGCUGGCCGCUCAGGCCCUCGUUCCACUAAUCACGCCGGAUGUGUUCGAGGACACUCUAGACCGACUGUUCGUCGAGCUGCGAGACAUGCCGGAGGAUGAACUCAACUACCGGCACGGUGUGCUGCUGCAGCUCGCCUACCUCGUCGCGGCGACUCCUGCAGAGAUGGCAUCUGAGGACGGCUUUGCCGGCCGGCUGACAAGUCGGCUGCGCUCCACGGAGCCAACACGUGCGCCUUGUCUCUGCCCGAUCGCCGACUCGGCGCGCCUCUCCCUCCUGCAGGCCGCAGUGUCCCGGGUCAGCACGAGUGUCGACGCAUGUUUCCGCUCGGAUCUGCGCCGAGAGCUGUCUGCUUCACUGGGACCCGAACGCGACCGCGAGGAGCGUGUGGAUGGGAGUGGGCGGGACGACGAGGAUCUGCCCUCUUGGUCGCCAGGUGUGCCACAGUAUGAGAAGGCAGCCACCAGUCUACUGCUGUACCUCUCCGUGCUGGACAGCAGUGACAUCCAGAUGACUCUUCUCCGGCUGCUCAACCACCCCUCGUACGAUGUGAUCGAAGUCACUCUGAAUUUCCUGCUACGGAAUGUAUUCGAAGACUACCUUUACGGAGUGGAAAAUGAGGAAGAACUGGAGUUUGAAAUUGUCCCUGUGAAGCUGUCAGCCCACGAGGUCCGUGGCUGGCCAGCCGUUGCCACCCGCAUCUCGGAGCUUGCGGGUAUCCCGGCAGGCCGCGGGAGGGCGACGCGGCGGAGGGCGCGGGAGUCGCCAGAUGAGACGCGUGCUGCAGCACUGCUGGUGCUACGGCACCUCCCACCUGCCCCCACUAGUCGUCACGCCCUCGCUGCUACCAUCUCGCUGCUCGAUGUCGCACGCGUGGACCAUUUUGCCACGGGACGGGCCGCGCUUGCGGCUGCCAUGGCAACUUAUGCGGGGUUGGUGGCUGCUGCAGUGCAGGUGCCAUCAAAUGUAACAAGAGGAUUAUGCUCGUUGCUGAUUAAGUACUCCAUUGGUAGUCAGCGACUAGAGAACAGGAGGACUGCUGCGUACCUGCUGUACAAAUACCGUGGUCUGCUCAUCUUCCCAGAACAGAAUCAUAGGCUUCCGUCAUCAGCAACGUGCAGUGUGUGGACGGCCACGAUGCAGCUCUUGGACGACGACGACCCAGAUGUGCGGCGGCAGGUGUCGGCACUGGUGCCCGGGCGGCGCACGCCGGUGGUGGCGCACUGGGCACGCGAGGUGCUGAUGGAGUGGAUCGUGCAGAGUGGAAUCCUGGAACCGCACCACCUGGCUGCACUGCUCUGCGCCUGGGCACUCGGCUCCUCCACCGAGAUUGUCCGCGACGUCCCCGAUGAUGAAGGCAUUUUCGAGCAGAGCGAAUCGAACGAGUUCCGCGAGGGCGCGGCACAGUGCGAGCUGGCGUGCUCUCACCUGCGCGUCGUAGCAGACCACACUGGCCGUGAGCUGCUGCUGCGCAAGCAGGACCCCUGCAUGCGGGGCUGGCUGGCCAAGUGGUGGUUCCUGCCCGAAGGCAUUUUCAGCACACUUUACGAGUUUUUGGGCCUCGUGAUCAAGCCGCCACCAGCUCCAUUUGAGAAUGAGGAGGUCCAGCCUCCUACUGUGUGCGACCACUUUAUGGCUCCUCCGGGCACCGCUAAAGUAUACCUCACCAAGUACCGUGCCCGCUGCGUGCGCGAAGUGCUUGCAGACCUGCUGGGGGAGACACCACAGGUCUAGGGUGGCGGUGGCGGCAUGGCGACUGUGAGAGGAUUAUUAGAUAAAAAUAAAGUGAACAUAUAACUGCAAAUAUGUCAUUCUGUGUGAGUAUGCAUGUGUAAAGGUAAAGCAGAAAAGCUGUUUGAAAACUGAAAUAAUUAGCUGUCUUCAUUUUUGGUAGA